AUGUACGAGGAGUUUGUUGAAGAUCUACCAGUUUUACAAAAAUCAACAGAAACAUUUCUGAUAAAGGGAUUAAAGCUGCCAUUUUAUGCUUCAAGCAAUACAAUUGUAAAAGUAGUAGGCAAUUAUUAUUUCAGAAAGGAAAACUUCGUUCUUUUUGCCUCCCCAUGUUCCGGAAAGCUCAUCGGAAUACUGGAAAUGGUAAAAAGCUUGCGAGAUUAUGUCGUUUUGACAGACAGAAAGACUAGAGAGCAAUUUGAUACCAGGAAUAUUUGUGAUAAUAAUAUCAUUUUAGCCGAUGGUUUUAAUUUUGAAGAAAGCUCGGCAAAGUUUUUAAUUUUUUACAACACAAAAAUUCCAUUUGAGCAGAUAGACAAUAACAAUGUUCAUAUAAGUGGAUUUUAUGAUUAUGUAGGACUAUGCAAUACAAAAGAGUACAAAAGCUAUAUUCAGAACCAAGUUUCAUAUUUUCCUGACAAUUAUAUUUACACAGUUAUUUGCCAAUACCCAAAGCAGAAAAAAGUUGAGUUGGUAUUUGGAACUGACAAUUCAAUAAAGCAUCUGUCAGUAUCUAAUAUUGCCAAUAGUGAGGUGUGUGGUUUGGAAUCCCGAAGAUGCUGUGUUUUCGUUAAAUACACCCUUCCGCCUGCAGUGCUAAGCUAUUUUAAAAACCAGAAAAUUGAAGUAGUCAACAAAAUACCGUAUGGAUUUAAGACAGACAAGUUGGUUUUCUAUGACAUCUGCCCCGAGCUCAUAUGUGCUGCUUUAGACCAUAUUGACCAUGUGGUUAUAGUUUAUACAAGGGAUGACUUUGGUACCUUAAAGGAAAUUUACCGGACACUCGAAAACAAAAGUAUUGAAGUGCCAGAUUUUAUCCAGAAAAUUGUAGGCUAG